UCCUCACCACGCACGCACGCACGAGCAGGAAAACAAAGACCGAGGGAUGCGCGUGGGAUUCGGCAAACGUUCCGUGGAAUAAACAAAAGGUCCGGCAGAUCAGACCACGCUGGAUAUAAAGUAUGGACCGGUGGGACACGGUGUCGCACCUUAAAUUGAUACACUUCCAUUGGUGCCACACAUGAAAAUUAAUUGCUUUGUUUAUUCACUGAUCGCUGAUACGUUUUUACUGAACAUAAUAAUAGUUACUUUAUGAAUGCGGUAAUUGAGAUUAGGCUCCUUGAAAUGCACCGUUCUGUCUCCGGAGUUUGCUUUAUGGCACCUUCUAAUCGAAAGGACUGAACACACCGGGAUGAAAUUAGAAAGCCCUGAGUGACUCUGUUGCCUGGUCUGAUGGUGACCAGGUCUCACAGCACAAACAGUCAACAGCUAGUGACAUGUCUGCUCCACAGACUGUGGAAUCUCCCCCAAAACCAGAGGUCAAACGCAAGCCCCCUCUCCCUUUAAAAUCUACAAAUGGCACCUCAGACACCCCUCCUACGAUUAGGACCACACCGGCUAGGAUUUCUGGGAAUGUACAAAAGAUAGUCAGCAAGUUCAACCAGCCAAAUGCAGAGAGCUUCAGUGAAGCCAUUGGCAGUAGAGGCUCCAGAAGGAGGACCAAAAGACCCCCAACGGUCAAGCCCAGGUCCAGAUUCCCUCCCAAGAUCAGGGUUGACCAGGCCCCCCCACUGCCUGAGAAGCAAAGCAAGAAACUCCAGCAGGAGGCUGAACAAGAGGGGAGGAACAAGCCAGCAGCAGUUGGUGAAGGACGGGGAGAUGGUGUCAUCCUUCUUGUCACAGGUGACAGUCCAGCAGCUCAUGAUGCCAGAGGGGUGGCGCUGUGGAGUGCUGGGACCAGGCCGGAGCAGAAGCCCAGCCACCCCGCUGAGCCACAGUGCCAGCGGGCCUGCAGCUGCAUAUGCCACCUGCACCGGCCUGGCAUGAAGCUGGUGUGGGUGCCCAUACCUGACGAUGAAAAAGUGGGUGAGGAGAAGGAGGUGCGCCAGGGCUGCCUGGCCGAGCCGAGACCGGAGGAGCACCCCAAGGAGUGUGCGGGAGAGGACGAGAGCGAGACCAGCGACACGGAAGAGGAUGAGGAUGAGGAUGAGGAGACGACGAGUGGGUCCUCAGAAGAAGAGGAGAAGUGUGAGGACAAAGCCCCGCUUACAAAUAAAGAGAAGUUUCAGGUGACGCUGGACCUCAUAGAGGGGCAGCUGAGGAGGACGUCUGACCCUGGUCCGGAGGUUGCCCUGACCUCCGUCAAGCCCCUCCCCCAGACCAGCCCCAUCAAAGCAAACUCUUUUCCAGAGGAGGAAUCCAUUUAUGAAGCUAGCCUAGAUCUGCUUACUGUCCCCAGAGAUGCAAGUCUUCAGGUUCUCGUAAUCCCACCCUGUCAGAUCACCACAGAAGGAGAAGCAGAGUGCUCUCCCCCUGACAUUCCGCCCCGGAUGCCCCUGGAUAAGGCCAAAACUCCACGCUUUCCACGGAGCACACCUCUGGCUCAGAUGCAGGUGCCCUCAGUCUCCAAACUGCCCCCUGCUGUGGACAGUCCACCACGCAGCCCUAAGCCACUCAGGCCAGCUCCUGCACCGCCAAUUCUAGCAAAGGCCAAUUCUAGACACCUCAUCAGCCAGUCUUCCACGUGUAAAGAUGAAGUUGAAGGGAGCUCUGCAGGGGAUGUGGAAAAACAGGAGAAAAAGCGGCCUGCUACCCUCACUCGGCAGAAGUCCCUAGAUAUGGAAGCCCAUAUGCCAGAGGAGCUCCUGUACCAAGUGUAUACUGAAUCGUACAUAACCAAGGAGAUCCGUCGCCAGACGGUGUGUCGCAACAUAAGUAAGACCAGCAUGGACUUCCAGAUAGAGUUUCCUCGCAUAGCGGCCAGCUCGGGUACAGGAGCAGGGGGGUCCAGGAGUAGUCCUGUCCCCAGUCUGCAAAGCACAUUGUGGCAGGACCUGCCCGCGGUCCGAGAGAGCGGAAUCCUGCAGACUCUCACCCCAGAAGAGUGCAAGUACCAGGAGAGCAUGUUCGAAGUGCUGACGUCAGAGGUGUCCUAUUUGCGUUCCCUGCGUGUUUUGACUGAUCAUUUUCUGGAUUCAUGGGAACUGAAUGAAACGCUUAUUAACCUAGACAAAAAAACCCUCUUCUCCAACAUCCUUCGCAUCCGAGAAGUCAGCGAGAAGUUUCUUAAGGACCUGGAGGAAAGACUGGAUGAACGUUUACUGGUCACCGACAUCUGCGACAUUAUCAAUUACCACGCGCAGCAUAACUUUCCGGCAUACAUCGACUAUGUUCGGAAUCAGAAUUACCAGGAGAAGACCUACAGCUCGCUCAUGCAGUCCAACGAGCAGUUCGCAACUGUGAUCGCCCGCCUGCAGGAGGCCCCUAAGUGCCAGCGUCUGCCAUUCGUAUCCUUCCUGCUGCUGCCAUUCCAGCGGAUUACACGCAUCAAGAUGCUUAUUGAGAACAUCCUGAAGAGAACAGCCGUGGGAACAAAGGAGGAAGAGUCUGCUUCCAAAGCACUGGCCUCUGUGUCCAAGAUUAUAGCAGUGUGUAACACUGAGGUUGGAAAGAUGAAACAAGUGGAGGAGCUUAUUCAGAUCAACAAGAUGCUGGAGUUUGACAAGUUGAAGGCAGUGCCGAUCAUCUCACAAAACCGUUUCUUGGAAAAGCGAGGGGAGCUACAGGAGCUAGCCAAAGGUGCCACGCUCUUCAACCUCAAACCCAGAUUCAGCCCUGUUUUCCUCUUCCUCUUCAAUGACCUGCUCAUCAUCGCCAACAAGAAGGGGGCGGAGCGCUAUGUGGUGAUGGACCACGCCCACCGUUCCCUGGUGCAGGUGCAAGAACAUUCUGAGGACUCGCCCAGCCCCAGCUUGGAAAACUGCUUCAACCUCACACUCCUGGAGAACCACCAGGGACGCAUGAUGGAGAGGCUCCUGAAAGCACCCUCUCAGUCUGACAUGCACAGAUGGCUCGCAGCAUUCCCCAACCCUGAUGAUCCGCAUGGAGACCAGGAUGAAGUCAUAUAUGAAGACUGGGACUGCCCUCAAGUGCAGUGUGUUGAACAGUAUGUGGCAAACCAGACUGACGAGCUAAAUCUGGAUCCACCAGAGAUCAUUAAUGUCAUACGUAAAGCCAAUGAGGGCUGGUAUCAAGGCAUUCGGAUGUCUGACGGUCAGAAGGGCUGGUUUCCUGUUGCAAAUGUUGCGGAAAUCACCAACGAGCAUGUGCGGCGGCGAAACUUGCGGGAACGCUACCGUGUCAUCCAGGCUGCUUCCAGUGUUACCCAUAAGUUAUCGAACCUUUCAUAACCAAACAUGGACCCUUUCAGAACUAUUCAUACAUAGACCGUUUAAUAGCUAGACACAAUAGUUCACAGCCAAGCAGACACAGAAUCUGAAUCAAACACAGAACUUUUUAAAUCAGGCAAGGACCCUUUCUCACAUAGCACUGUAGUAGGACCAUUUGUGCUCAGAGAACUGUCUGGAGGCUUUAAGACCACAUUCUAGGUUCUGGAGAAUAGACAACACACAUGUGCAUACCGGUGCUGCAUGACCUGAACUGCCGUAGACCACUGCAGUGUGCACCACUGCCACUGUAACUCCAUCUACCCAGGUGCUGACUUCAUGUGCUUAGUGAGUUUUACUGAAAUGUUUAUAUUGUAAAGGUAUGGAUGUCUCACAAACAUAUUCUCUUUAUACGAUUGUGUGUGUGUGUGUGUGUGUGUGUGUGUGUGUGUCUACUUUUGUAUAUAUGCAAGGUGUGUAUGCUUAUACUUGUAUAGUUUAUUUACAUUUUAUUUUGUUGUGAUAUACAGGUUAUUUUUCCCAGGUUUAGAUAUUUGGUCAUUCUCUUCAGGCAUGUAUCUUUGUAUUAAAAUGAAGAACACAGC